GUUGCCUUGUAAAAUGUAAAAUCUGUUGGCAGUAUUGUCUAGUGUCUAGUGAAUUUUGCAUUAGUUUUGAAAAUUUCUAUUUCAAAAAGUGGGAUAAUGAACAAUUUCUCAACAAAAACCAGUGAAGUACCAAAGAAACAAAAAAUUGGGAAUUUUUGCUUGGAAGUAAAGUCCAUUGUGAUUUGCAUUAUGCUUAUGAAAACAUUAGUUUCUGAUAAUGGCUCUGCGAGGCAUCAAAGUGUUAGAGUUGGCCGGUUUAGCCCCAGUCCCCUUUUGUGGCAUGGUUUUGGCCGAUUUUGGGGCUUCUGUUUUACGCGUAGACAAGGUUGGGGCUUAUACAGACCUUGACUGUCUGGGGAAUGGCAAAAAAUCAAUAGCCUUGAACUUAAAAGACUCAAAGGGAGUGGAAAUCCUGAAAACACUGGCUAAAACUAGCGAUGUCCUAAUUGAACCGUUCAGAAAAGGAGUAAUGGAGAGAUUGGGGUUAGGUCCUGAAACUCUCAUGAAGGAUAACCCGCGGUUGAUUUACGCUCGGUUGACAGGCUGGGGUCAGACGGGCAUAUACAGCACGAGAGCGGGGCACGAUAUAAAUUAUUUGGCUUUAUCAGGGCUGUUAUCACUUUUUGGGAGAAAAGGUGAAAAACCGAUCUUUCCGGUGAAUCUGGCGGCGGAUUUUGGGGGUGGUGGGUUGAUGUGCGCUUUGGGGAUUCUAUUAGCCCUCCACGAGCGUCAUUCGUCCGGUUUGGGGCAAGUUAUUGAUAGCAGUAUGGUCGAGGGGACAGCCUAUUUAGGGAGUUGGUUGUUUCGUUCCCAGAAACUCCCGAUAUGGGGGAACGAACGUGGAAGUAACCAAUUAGACACCGGUAGUCAUUUUUACGAAGUUUAUGAGACAAAAGACGGGAAAUUCGUGUCGGUUGGGGCUAUAGAACCUCAGUUUUACGAGGAACUGUUGCAAGGGUUGGGUUUAAGUUAUGACGAGGCGCCCCAAUUUGAUGAUUAUGAAAAAUUGAAAGUUUUAUUUGAGCAAAAAUUUAAAGAAAAGACACAAGAGGAGUGGUGUCGGGUUUUCGACGGGGUCGAUGCUUGUGUAGCUCCGGUUUUAACACUUGAAGAAGCUCCGAAGCAUCCUCAUAAUAAGGAAAGGGGGUGUUUUGGUAGCGUAGGCGAUGAUAUAAUCCCCAAACCGGCACCGAUUUUAAGUAGAACGCCUGGGGAGGCGAGUGGGUUGAAAGCGGCCCCCAGAAGUGGGGAAAAUACAAGGGAUGUUUUGAAAGAAUUGGGAUAUAGUGAUGAUAAUAUCAAUGAAUUGAUUGGAAAUGGAACAGUUGAGUGUUUUAAUAAGUCUAAAUAUUGAUUUUUUUUAUUUUAAUAAAUAUUGUUUUGUUUUUCUUAUGCAAUUUCAUCAA